AGGACGUUGCUGUUACUACUACGUGCCACUGCACAAAGGCGAAGCCAGUCACUCCCGCCAUUACCGCGCCCCGACACAGCGCACUCACACUCACACCGGGCACAGGCGGGAGACGGGUCAUACUGAGGUGAGCAUUGCUGCGAUCGCUCAGUCGGCCAGGCUGCGUCGGUGAGAGGUACUGUAGCACCGCUGAGUCGCCUGUGAAGUGAGGAUCUCUAGACUGGAGUCGCGAAUGAGCUUCGGAUCCCGCGCCCCAUUAGAAAACGCCAUGCAUCGUGACUCCUGUCCGCUGGACUGCAAAGUCUAUGUCGGGAAUCUAGGUAACAAUGGCAACAAGACUGAAUUGGAGCGGUCAUUCGGCUACUACGGACCCUUGCGCAGCGUGUGGGUGGCCAGGAACCCCCCUGGCUUUGCGUUUGUAGAAUUUGAGGACCCCAGAGAUGCCGCAGAUGCAGUGAGAGAAUUGGAUGGACGAACUUUGUGUGGGUGUCGCGUCAGCGUGGAACUAUCUAAUGGUGAGAAACGAAGCCGGAAUCGUGGACCUCCGCCGUCGUGGAACAGGCGACCUAGGGAUGACUAUCGCAGGAGAAGCCCCCCGCCUAGGCGCAGAGUCACCAUCAUGUCUCUUCUCACCACCCUCUGGGUCUACAUUAGUCAACUAGCCUUAUCAGCGUCAUGUGACCAACGCGCCCCAUUCAGCUUGGCUGGUGUCGUAUCACAUGACCCAGGCAUGGCCAGUCAUCAGGUUGCACCGCCCUUUGGCUCCCGAGCAUGCUGUCCACUCAGCCUUCCUCCUCUCCAACCUUAACCAAUACUCUGCAGCAGCAGCCCGCACAUUACCGGCCAGCAGUCCGCACGGCUGUUAACUGUGUCAACAACUGCAGCGCCAGUCUACGGCUGAGCAAUAAAAGCGGGAAAAAGCACCACAUCCCCCUCCGCCAACCAUCUAAAUUCAACGCAACACCUGGCAAAACCUUGUCAACAAAUUCUACUUGUCCGGCAUCCUCCACCAUUUCUAGCUUGUUGCAACCCAGACAAC